GACGCUGUGGAACGAUGCGUCUCCAGUGAAGCAGCUCGCGGACACGCUAACGGCUACCCCUUUGUCUUCAAUGCUGCUGCCGGAUGCCCAAAAACUCGCGGACGACCCCACGAAGUAUGGAGCUCUGGCUGGUUCAGCCUUGGAUGCUUAUUUGCUCUCCGGUGGAUCCUGCGCCUCCCUGGCCAUUGCCUCGGAUGCGGGCUUUGGGGCAAACCUGGAUGGCGAGACCAUCGAGGGCGUCAGUAACUUCGGCAGUGCCCUCCGCGGCCUCACUGGCUCUGUUCCGGACGCGGGAUCUGACACCACCUGUACGCCUGCUACCGGGAAGGCAACAUGCACAACUGCAGACCCAGUCUGUGAAGCUGGCAACAAUUUGAUGGAUUUGAAGCUGAAACUGCGCGAUGGGAACAUCUUCAAGUGCUGGGAGUUCACGAAAAACAACGCGAUGUGCAACGUGAACACGCAGAACGGCAUGGGACCAGGUGGGUCGAACGGCUGCCUCGUGAAUGGUGCGAUGGAAACGAGGCAGUACGACUGCAAUAUCGACGACUUUUCCCAAAUGGUCUCAGGGUACUACGCUUCCGCUCUCCAGACGGCCUUCCAAGACUUAGACGCCAAGACGGCCAGCCUCAUGGACGACAUUUCCGCAGAUCUCAAAGUUCUGGUCAAUGACAAGGUGAUACGUAAGAUCACCAACGUGGCCAAUGGCUUGACAUGUGGUUUCCUGGGCGAUGCCUAUCAAGG